AUGAUGCAUCGACUUCAGCGGCGUCGUUAUUUCACUGCUGUUUGUGGCUCGCUCUCUUGUAUUGUCUGGACCAGCACCAGAUCAUGCUUCAGUGGAAGGCCCGCUUAUAUGCAGCUACACGCCGCAUAUUUCAUGAUGCACAAUAUCUCCCAGCAGGGGGGGUGCGCUGGGAGGAGCGAGUUUUUGCCCGGCGAAGAAACAAGCUUUAGCCGCGAAAGUGAUGAGGUGCAGCUACGCGCUGAGUUGGAGUGUCUCACAAAGCGGCUUGACAUCGCACAUGAGGUUAUUCGUGAACUUCUGGGACUCGUAGAUAAAAAGCGAUACUCCAGUGAGCUUGCUGCGUUGGAUAAAAAUUUUGUUGGCGGUGUGGGCUUGGUUGUGACAUCCACCGCUGCUGAACUUGAGAAGGCGCUGCAGACGCCUGGCUCCCGCAUUAUCCUUGCUGAAAACCACCAUUAUGUGCUGGGAACACGCGGCCCAAUAGUGAUCUCCCACACAAAUAUUUCUAUUUGGGGCAACAAAUCUACAAUUGAGGGAAGCAUACAGCUGUCGCACCAUGCCACCUUGGACGCAUGUGACGUUACUUUUAAGGGUUUGAAGGAUACAUCAGAUGAGUAUGACGAGGAUGGUGUGGAUUGGAAAAGCACCUCUAUGCUUCCGUGCAUUGAGGCGACCCAGCGUUCUAGAGUGUACCUGCAUAACUGUAGUCUCAUUGGAGGACGCGAUGGCGUGUAUCUCGGCAUCGAGUCCAAAGCGCAACUAAAAAAUGUGUACAUUUCAGAUUGUGCCCGGGGGAUUUAUGAGGGCGUCGGCUGCAGAGUUUAUCUCUCGGAGUGCAUGAUGGCGGGAAAUUUUUUUCAUUUGGUGUUGCUUGGCCGGGGCCGUAAGGCCACAGCGGCCGCGCUAUCAGCAACGAAUUCGUCGGAUGAAACGAAUGAGGAGGUGGGAAUAUCAGUACGUUUUCUCGACACUUCUGAUGUGGGGAAAAAGCGCACCCGUGCCGACAUUGCCCUAGAUCAUAAUCCAAUUACUGACACUUACGCUGAAUUUAUUCAUAGAGGCAAAAAGAUUGAGUUACCUCAGAAGUUGUCUACCUGCAGCCUCUCGGACCCUGUUUACUGA